GGAAGUGACGUUGAAAAAGAGCGAGUGUUGACAACCCCAGCUAGCUUGUAGUAGGUGGUGGCAUGCUUCUCAUAAGCCCGUUUAGUAAAAACUGUCCUUCAUAAUGUCUUCUCCUGUGGACAAACACGGCACAAAACGUCCGGCAUCCCCCACUCAAGACACCCAGUGGGCUGCUGUAGACCUGGGAAGUGAUGAAAGGAAACAAAAGUUUUUACGGCUCAUGGGUGCAAGCAAGAAAGAGCACACUGGCCGUCUCGUUAUCGGUGAUCACAAGUCAACGUCGCAUUUUCGAAGCGGGCAAGAAGAUAGGAAGAUGAACGAGGACCUGGAGAUGCAGUAUCAGCAGGGCAUGGAGGGAAGGGUGACAGGCCGGGACCGGAGACACUGUGGUCUGGGUUUCAGUGAGCCUGAAGCUCAGCCAGAAACUCCAACGUCUACAGCAGUGGACGGUCAGGCCGGAGAAGUUAAGUCACUGAAGUCCACCACGGAAGAGACGCCCAAAGAAAGUCGGGACAAAGAUUGUGAUCCAACCCAGAAAGAGAAAUCUCCAGAACACGGCGUGGCUGACUCAGAAUCUACGGCUGAAGAACGGAAACACGAGGUUAAAAUGACGUUUGUGAAAUCGACGUAGGGCUGGGAGCCAAACAACCAGGAAUUAGGUUUUUUUAUUCUCAGAUGUGGACCGCUUGAUGCUUUUCGUUUUGGUGGAUUUCCCCUUUUUUUCCUUUUUUUUCUUUUGUGUAGAGUAGGACUCUCAAAGGGGAAAUGCAUUUCUGUGUGCAUGUCUCGACUGAAACAAGCCUCCAAUCUAAAAUGGUAUUUAGCUGUGAGGUGUUGAACAUGUUUUAGUUUUGAGUGUCUACAUCCGCCCCACAGUCGGUUGGAGAAAGUGGGAGAACUUGCCUUUCAGCAUGAGUAGUGUUGUCAUGAAUUGUUUUUUAAUUUUUUAAGAAUAAAAGGAGAAAAAAAGUGG